AUGUCAUCAGAAGACGGUAUUAAGAAAUUAUUAGAUGCUGAAAGAACUGCACAAAAAAUCGUUGCAGAUGCCAGACAAGAUAGAGUUCAAAAAUUAAAGAAAGCAGUCGAAGAAGCUGAAAAAGAAAUCAAAGAAUUUAGAGAGAAAAAAGAUAAAGAAUACAAAGAAUAUGAAUCAAAAUAUUUAGGUGCUUCAUCUGAAACUGCUUCACAAUUAGCCACCAACGCUAACAAAGAAAUUGAUACCAUCAGAAACGAAACUGCUGCCAACAAACAAAAAGUUGUUGAUCUCCUCAUCAAAUACGCAAUCACCUGUGACAAUUAA